CAAUAGUAUAUGUAAGCAGUGAGUAUAGUAUAUCGAGGGGGCAACGUCUGGUUCUCCCUGUACAUAUAUCUGCCAACGCAAACAGAAGCAGCACACGCACACUGCAUCGAUCAUGGCGCUCACCGGCCAGAGCACCGACGACCAGGCCGUGCUGGACGCCGAGCACGAGCUCUGGGCAACCACAUUCUCCUACAUCAAGUCCAUGGCGCUCAAGUCGGCCCUGGACCUCCGCCUCGCCGACGCCAUCCACCACCACGGCGGCGCCGCCACCCUCCCCCAGAUAGUCGCCAGGGUCGCGGUGCACCCGUCCAAGGUCCUCUGCCUGCGCCGCCUCAUGCGCACGCUCACCGUCUCGGGCGUCUUCAGCGUCGUCCAGCAGGAGGACGUCGUCGUCCCGGCUGCCCCCGUGAACAACGGCACCUGCAACGGCGCCGUCGCUGCCGAGCCCUUGUACGCUCUCACGCCGGUGUCCCGCCUCCUCAUCGGCUCGCAGAGCUCGGGUUCCAUCAUGGCCUUCGUGCUCAGCCCUGUCCUCGUCGCCCCCUUCCUCGGGAUCGGCGCGUGGUUCCAGCACGCGCUGCCGGACCCCUGCCUCUUCGAGCAGGCGCACGGCGAGGCGCUGUGGGAGAUGUCCGGGCACGACGCGGCGCUGGACGCGCUGAUCAACAGCGCCAUGGUCUCGGACAGCCGCUUCAUCGUGGACAUCGCCGUCAGGGAGAGCGGCGACGUUUUCCGGGGGAUAAGCUCCCUGGUCGACGUGGGCGGUGGCCUCGGCGCGGCGGCCCAAGUCAUCUCGGAGGCGUUCCCGCACCUGCAGUGCAGCGUGCUGGAGCUCGAGCACGUCGUCAGCAAGGCGCCCGCCGGCACCUGCGUCAAGUACGUUGCCGGCGACAUGUUCGAGAGCGUUCCACCGGCAGACGCCGUCUUCCUCAAGUCGGUUCUUCAUGACUGGGACGACGAGAAGUGCGUCAAAAUACUGAAGACUUGCAGAAAGGCCAUUCCUCCAAGAGAGGCGGGAGGGAAGGUGAUAAUCAUCGAUAUAGUGGUCGGAGCAGACAAGAAGCACGGGGAGGUGCAUGCGUUGCUCGAUCUGUACAUUAUGUUUAUCAAUGGUGUUGAGCGAGAUGAGCAAGAGUGGAGCAAGAUCUUCCUAGAAGCUGGGUUUAGCGGCUACAAGAUUAUACCGGUUCUAGGGUUCCGGUCGAUCAUCGAGGUCUACCCGUGAAAUGUUUGGUGAUUACGUACUUUUGUGUCGAUGUGUGUGUGUGUGUGUGCAUUUAAAUUCAGACUUUGACAAAAGGUUGAUGGAUACAUUUUCCUAUCUAUGAUUGGGGCGAUGUAGACUGUGGAGGUAUUAAUACUGUGGAAGGUUCGAUGUCAUCCCUCCUAGAAAUGUUGGGUCAGGUGAUAAUCCUGGAUAUGGUGAUUUUAUCUAAGGACAAACGAAAUCGUUACAAGA